AUUUGAUAUCACGAUGUUAAGGAAGGUCUGCCAUUUUAACAAAUUACAGCGAUAAAGAAGACUUAGUAUAACUUUAGAGUGUUGAAGUAUCGAUAUGGCUACUAGGACAGACACAACUUGUGAUAUUUGUCAAUGUAGGCAUACAUCUAAGGCGGCUGAAAUAUACUGUUCUCUGUGUGAAGAAGCACUGUGUAGUGAUUGUAAAGAUCAUCACAAACUGUCAAAGGCAACAAAAACUCACCAAGUUAUCUUGAUAGACGAUUUUAACAAGUUGCCUCCCUUAAUUAGAGAGAUCAAACAACACUGUGACAAACAUGGUGACAGGUUUGAUUUUUUCUGUCCAAAACAUAACGAGUUGUGCUGCAAAAGAUGCAUUACUACAACUCAUAGGGAGUGUAAAGGAUCAAAAGUUAUAGAAGAUUUUGUUGAAUUUUCGAAAUCUUCCGCGGCCAUUAACGAAUACGAACAGACUUUGAAAGAUGUUGAAGAGAAUAUUCAAAUUGCGAUUGAUGAUCGAAAAAUUAAUCUUGAGGAAUUCGAUAAACAGACACAGUCCAUCAGAAAGCAAAUACAAGAUAAAAGAACCGAAACCAACAAGCACUUAGACAACCUUGAAACAACAAUAAUAAAUGAACUUUCAUCGCUUGUAAAUGAAAAGAAAAAGAACAUAAAAUUAGUUCUGGAACAAUUAGAAGAAAUAAAGAACAAAAACAUACAACUUAGAACCAAUGUAGAAGCAAUGAAAAAGUACGGAUCAAAUAUACAAGUGUUUAUGGGAACAACAAAACUUCAACAACGCGUUUCAAGUCAAGAGAGAUUUGUUCGAUCAUUGCAAAACGACGGGAGUUUUCGUGUUGUUUACCUUGAAUGUUCUAUUAGUGAAAAGUUAAAUAGUAUCUUGACAGGAAUUGAAACAUUCGGUACGGUUACAUCAAAAUCAUCUGAAUCACGAGUUCGAUUUAGUUGGCAAUGUGACAAAUCAGCUCAGAUAUUGACAAAACCAACACAUCUGAAAAGCAUUGACAAUAUAAACACUAAACUAAUAUGUAAGAUAGAUGUAGAUACUUAUGAAACUAUAACUUCAUGUUUUGUGGGUAAAUGUCUUUUGUUUUCAACUUGUGACUUAUCUGAACCAAUCGGCAAUAUAUUGCGAUAUGACAGAGAAGGGAAACAUCUGAAAGAGAUACAGCUGGCGUAAUCGUUAGCGUUUGAUAUCGUGUUUAUUGAUUCGGAUACCGUUGCUGUAACGGGUGGUGGUUCGCAUUACAAUGUUUACAUUGUUGAUGUAGCUACAUUGCAAAUGAAAAAAGUAAUAGAUAUUGGAGAAUACAACUGGUUAUAUGGAGCAACCUAUAAGAAUGAAUCCAUUAUCGGUUGCAUGGGUGACGACUCAAUAAAGAUGUUUAAGAUUGCCAACAACAAAGACGUAAUAUUAUCACAUUUUCCUCUCAAAACCAAAAACACAGAUAGCACUUAUCUUGCCUCAGAUGACAAUUAUUUCUAUCAUUCUGAUGACGUAGAUGGGACUGUCACAUGUUAUGGUCUGAAAGGAAACAUAAUAUGGUCAUUCAAAGAUAUUGCUCUAAAGGAACCCCGCAGUGUCUGUUUAGAUUCUGAUUCAAACGUUUAUGUAGCAGGGAGUGGUUCAAACAAUGUAGUAGUCAUUUCAUCAGAUGGAUUGCAAUCUAAACAAUUACUUGGAUAAGACGAUGG